UGGCGGAAGUGACAUUAUCAACGUGCGCCUGAAGUUCAGUAGGGUCGGGAAGGGUCGCCGUGGCGGGCGCCCGGGCCGCCAGCGGCCUAACGUCGUUUUCGCGACCCCGCAGUGGUCUCUGCAAGGACUCCAGUGGCGUUACUGUUUCUUGGUGCGCGUGAAGACAACCCAAGCAGUUGAGGAAAUUGCUAAGAAGUGUGUACUGGGGAUGCUCUAGGAAGAGACUGAAUGCCGAGGCAAGUUCCAGUCCAAAGGUGUUUGAUUUAUCAAGAAGAAAGUGAACAUCAUGGAUCAGAACAACAGCCUGCCACCUUAUGCUCAGGGCUUGGCCUCCCCUCAGGGUGCCAUGACUCCUGGAAUCCCUAUCUUCAGUCCAAUGAUGCCCUAUGGCACAGGACUGACUCCACAACCUAUUCAGAAUACCAACAGUCUGUCUAUCUUGGAGGAGCAGCAAAGGCAGCAGCAGCAGCAGCAGCAGCAGCAGGCUCAGGCGCAGCAGCAAGCGCAGCAGCAGCAGCAGCAGCAGCAACAACAGGCAGUGGCGGCAGUUCAGCAGUCAGCAUCCCAGCAGGCGACACAGGGGGCCUCGGGCCAGACACCACAGCUCUUCCACUCACAGACUCUUACCACUGCACCUUUGCCAGGCACCACUCCCCUCUAUCCCUCCCCCUUGACCCCCAUGACCCCUAUUACCCCUGCCACACCAGCCUCUGAGAGCUCUGGGAUCGUGCCGCAGCUGCAGAAUAUUGUAUCUACAGUGAAUCUUGGCUGUAAGCUUGACCUAAAAACCAUUGCACUUCGUGCCCGAAAUGCUGAAUAUAAUCCCAAGCGGUUCGCUGCUGUAAUCAUGAGAAUAAGGGAGCCCCGAACCACUGCACUAAUAUUCAGUUCUGGGAAAAUGGUGUGCACAGGAGCCAAGAGUGAAGAACAGUCCCGACUAGCAGCAAGAAAAUAUGCCAGAGUUGUACAGAAGUUAGGUUUUCCAGCAAAGUUCUUGGACUUCAAGAUUCAGAACAUGGUAGGGAGCUGUGACGUGAAAUUCCCCAUAAGGUUAGAAGGCCUUGUGCUGACCCACCAACAAUUUAGUAGUUACGAGCCAGAGUUAUUUCCUGGUUUAAUCUACAGAAUGAUCAAACCCAGAAUUGUUCUUCUUAUUUUUGUUUCUGGAAAAGUUGUAUUAACAGGUGCUAAAGUCAGAGCAGAAAUUUAUGAAGCGUUUGAAAAUAUCUACCCUAUUCUAAAGGGUUUCAGGAAGACGACAUAAUGGCUGUUAUGUACUCCUGCCUCCGCAACCACUUGUGUUUUUAAAAAAAAACAAAAAACAAAUCAGUUUUGGUAUAUUUAAACGGUGUUGUGGAGGGUCCCAGUUUUGUGAGAAGAUGGACGUUCUGUGGGUUGCAGCACCAGGUGAAGGUCUCUGGCGUGCAUUCCCCGUGGGGAUGCCGGGAAGCGGUAUUCUACGCAGAGAACACUGCAGCAUCAUGUAAGUUGCUCAUAUUGUGCUGCUGUCUGGGUUGUGCUGCCUGUUUAUUUAUAUUUAGAUUUUAAACACAUACUGCUGUUGACAAGUUGGUUUGAGGUACAGAACUUCAAAUGUUAAAGCCACCUCUUCAAUUGACUGGACUUUUAAUUUCUUCCCUAUAGACCAGGUUUUAUAUUUCUACCAGGAAAGUAAGUCUUUUUUAAAAGUGUUGUUUUUCUAAUUCGUGACUCAUAGGGGUUAUUUUUGUGCCAGACACAUUCCGCCUUUUCAGUAUUCAGGAAAGAAUAGAUGUAUUAAAGAAAAUGAAUGGCUGUACAUAUUUUUCUUCUUCAGAGUACUCUGUACAAUAAAUGCUGUUUAUAAGUGUUAGAUUGAUGUUCUGAUACCUUGUAAGAUUCAUGUGAUCAUACUCUUAAAGUUUAUAUUUUAGAUAUAAUUGCCUGAAACCA